CGUCGGCUUUCAGGUGCAGCUGGAUCUGACAGGUAUCUUCAUGCACGGCAAGAUCCCCACACUGAAGAUCUCUCUCAUCCAGAUCUUCCGAGCUCACUUGUGGCAGAAGAUCCAUGAGAGCAUCGUUAUGGAUUUGUGUCAGGUAUUUGAUCAGGAACUGGAUGCACUGGAAAUUGAGACAGUACAAAAGGAGACAAUCCACCCCCGAAAGUCCUAUAAAAUGAACUCUUCCUGUGCAGAUAUCCUGCUCUUUGCCUCCUAUAAGUGGAAUGUUUCCCGGCCCUCACUGCUGGCAGACUCCAAGUAAGUGCCUUAUGGCCCAGCCCUAGGCAUCCAGGAG